AUGUCAACUUGCGAGCAUUGCAGUACAAUCAUUCAAUCUUUAAAGCAAGAAUUGGCCACAAAGAAUGAACAAUUAGAGAGGUUAUCAAUGGAUAUUCAAGCACUCAAUCAGAAAUAUGUAGCAGAAAUUGAACGUGUAGGCAACAUACAACAUGAAAAGGAUCUUGUAGAACACGAAUUAGAAGAACUAAGUCAACGACUAUUCGAAGAAGCCAAUGAGAUGGUUGCGGCAGAGAAAAGAGCACGAUAUCAAUUAGAAAAUGAGUUGCGACAAACACAGGAGCAUCUGGUCGCAGAAAAGACGCAACUUCAUGAAUUAAGGUUACGUUUAUUGUCGGCCGAUCAAGCGACGGAGGAGAUGCAUGAUGAAGAAAGGAAAAAGAGACAGAAUAAAGCCAAAUCAAUGCCUGUUAUAGCCAAAAAGAGCCCGUUUGAUGACAUUCAAUUGGAGUUAUUUCGCGAAUUUGUCGAUAGCAAACAGUUAACAAUAAAGAAACUGAAUCAGACUAGUUUCAUGAAGUAUUGCUUGAAUGAAGACAUUGAACCUUGCUUACGGUUUGGACCACAGUCAAAGCUUUCAACCAAGAAGAUGAUUGAUUCGUUGUCAAGGCAACCGUGCUUUAUUGAACAUAUCAACACAACUGACGCCAUGCCUCCAAGUCCUAGUCUGUGGAAUAGAUUAAGUAAUAAAUCAAAUCUAUGUUGCUCAGCAUGUGGAAGAUCAUCAUCGUCGAUUUGUACUACAAGCGAACAGGGACAACAACCCCAGCUAAACUAUAGAUUUAGAUUGAAUGAACAAGACAAUUGGUUGUUGAUUGAUCAGUAUUGCAGAGAUAGAUUAGUAGCCGUGUGCGAUUUCUUUGUCUUUGUUCGAAAUAUACAAUUAGGUCUUUAUUCUGACAGAUCCAUACACGACUUAUAUGCUGAAAAUAUUCGACUAAGGUUACAGAUGUUCUAUUCAAGAAUGGGUGCUCUACCUGUGCUACUGAAUUCAGUAGAAGAUGAUGUUAUUGACCAAGAAGACCCUUAUUUAUCUGAUAAUAGUAGUUUGGCUGGACCAAGUACUCCUAAAUUACCUCCUUCUUCUCUUGCAAAUCAAUGCAAUUUAGAUACAUUAAUUAAAUAG